AUGACCUCAGGUCACGUACACAAGUGUGUGUGUUCAGGAUUGGUGCUGUACAGCAAGGAUUCAUGGAUCGAGUGGAAUCUGAACACUCACAGCACUAAAGGAGCCGUGAUUGACGCUGUGAAGAAUCUGCCCUAUAAAGGAGGAAACGCACUCACAGGUCUGGCUCUGACGUAUAUUUUGGAGAACAGCUUCAAAGCUGAAUCUGGAUCCAGGCCUGACGUUCCUAAGAUUGUGAUUCUGAUCACGGAUGGGGAAUCACAGGACGAUGUUCUUUCUCCUGCUCAGAGACUCAGAGAUGCUGGGAUCGAACUGUUUGCUAUCGGAGUGAAGAAUGCGGAUGAGAAAGAGCUGAGAGCCAUCGCCUCCCCGCCGGAGGAGACACACGUGUAUAACGUGGCUGAUUAUAGCUUUAUGUUAGACAUCGUGGAGGGACUCACCAGGAGCGUCUGCGAGCGUGUCUCUGAACUCAGCAGAGAGAUCAGCGGUGACAAAAAUGAAGAUGAUGAUGAUGGGCAGGAAGAUGAAGAUGCCAUCAGAAGUGCUCCUGUUUGCAGCGUUAUGUGAC